GAAAGAAACACAUUAUUCGAUCUCAUGUCCGUUUAACUCAACUGUUUGCAUCGACAGUACUCCAUAUAACGAGCUGGAGAAGGUUUAGUCGCAGUGAGAUAUGUGCUGCACCAUGCGACGCGAGGCUCAUUUGACACUCGUUAACGAGGGGUUCCCUUUCAACAUGUCGACAGAUUUACUCAAAAAGCAUCUUCCUGCUGGAACGCGGAUUGUGAAAGUCAAACAAAUUGCUUCGCUGUGGGCUGGAUAUGGGUCCAUUUUGCGGGUCAGUGUCCAACCAGUAUCCCGUACCGAUCCCACCAGUUACAUGGUAAAAAGCGUUGCCGUCCCUGACACUGAUCUUGAGGACGUUGGACAUGUUAGAAAGCUGACAUCGUAUCGGGUGGAGGGAGUCUUUUAUUCUAAACCUGAAUUCGCAACCGCAGUAAUCCAGGCAGACAAGGAUGUGACUUUACCUUUGCCUCUUUUUGUCAAGGCGGAUGACCAGUCUACCUCCCUUGUGGAGGAAUUCUCCUUGUUUAUUAUUAUGUCUGAUUUAUCCCAGGCUUUGCCUAUUGAGCAAGGGAGUCUCAGCAUAUGCCUUGCAAAGUCUGCCCUCCGCUGGCUUGCCGGAUUUCAUGCCCAUUUUUGGGGUUCGGAGCCAGUUGAUGGAGGUGAUGACGAGCGUGCGAUAUACCCUUCAGGAGUAUGGAAACAAGGUGGAUACUGGCAUCUGAGCACUCGACUUGAUGAGUUCAAGGCAAUCGAAAACAACAAGCGGUGGACGCCUUUUAAGCAAGCUGCUGAGUCUAUUGCCAGCCUGCUGAGAGGACAGUCGUCAGAAACGUCAGCCUUACCUGACCAUGCGGGAAAAAGGUGCUUCCGGACACUUUUGCAUGGGGAUCCCAAAGCGGAGAACAUCCUUUUCGCGGCCGAGAAAUCCCUCAAUGAUCCAACUCCUGCAUGUGGUUUCUAUGACUUCCAGUAUACAGGUUAUGGCUAUGGGGCGGUUGAUGUAGCAUAUUUCCUGGCUACGAGUGUAGACAGUGAUAUAGUGGAGACGCGAUUAGAUGAGCUGUUAGACUUCUACUACAAGGAGCUAGUCAAGAAGCUCACUUUGCGGGGAAUGACCGCACAAGCAGAGGACUAUACCCCAGCUAUUCUCCGCACACACUUUGAGUGGGCGUUGGUAGAUUGGGUCAGAUUCAUGGCCGGCUGGGGAACAUGGGGAAACGCAAGAUGGGCGGAGAAGACAGCAAAAGAGGUUUUAGCUACCAUGGGCUUUACAUAGAUAUCAUCAAAGAAAGUCAAGGACGCCCACUAUACACCUAAAUCAUACCAAACAUGACAUCCCCAGUCUUCACGUAUAUACACAUUUAAAUGGCGAAACUUGUUUUACGGCUUUUAGGGGGUCGUUGGUUAAGUAAAUAAUCCUCAGUGUAUGUUUUUGCCGAUAAUAUAUGAGGC